AUGCGGGACAUUAAGGACAGAAAUCUCCGGAAAAAAGUUGUGAAUGCUGGGUAUUCCUUAAACCAACCAUCGUUCAUGUAUUACCGUGAAGAAAUAAGAUUGUCGAGCGCAGAAGCAUUAAGAUGGGUGGAUAACAUUCCAGUCGAGAAAUGGACAAGGGCUUUUGAUGGAGGAUGCAGAUGGGGUCACAUGACCACAAAUCUUGUAGAAUCCCUAAACGACGUAUUUAAGGGAACUAGGAACCUCCCCAUCACUGCGUUGGUAAGAGCUACCUAUUACAGAUUGGGCUCACUUUUUGCGUCAAGAGGCAAAAAAUGGAGCGCUGUUUUGCAAUCAGGGCAAUUAUUCAGCGAAUCAAGUAUGAAAUAUAUGAAGGAUGAAACUUCUAAGGCAGCCUCACAUCGAGUCAGACCAUUUAAUCGUCACGAUUACAGCUUCAUUGUUGACGAGACAAUGGAUCACAAUGAGGGUCGGCCAAUGGGACACUACAGGGUGGAACUUCAUAAAAAUUGGUGCGACUGCGGAAAGUUUCAAACCUUCCGCAUGCCUUGUUCACAUGUCAUUGCCGCAUGUUCCAGUGUUCGUCACGAUCCAUUCUUGCUGCUAUCAGAUGUUUACAAGGUUGUGAACUUAUUCGGUAUCUACAAUAACAGUUUUCCAGUGGUAGCUAGUGAGGACUAUUGGCCAACAUAUCAUGGAGACACAAUCUACCACAAUGAAAAUAUGAGAAGAAACAAAAAGGGCCGCCCAAAAAGCACCAAAAUUACAACUGAAAUGGAUACAACUGAGAAAAUGGAAAGAUUGUGCGGAACAUGUCGUCUUCCCGGGCAUACGAGGAAUAAUUGUCCAAAUGUUGGAACAAGUUCUAGAUAG